AUGGAUCAUCUACACGAAGGACACCAAGGUAUCGUCAAAUGCCGAGCAUUGGCGCGGGACAAUGUUUUGUGGCCAGACCUUUCCAAGCAAAUUGCUGAGAAGAUAGGAGGGUGUAGUAUCUGUGAGAAGGAAAAUAAAUAUCCACCAGAACCACUACGACCUACCAAGUUACCUGACUAUCCAUGGCAGAAGGUAGGAAUGGACUUGUGCAUAUUGAAAGGUCACAGAUAUCUAUUAGUCAUUGAUUACUAUUCUAGGAUAGAGAUAUCUCAUUUACAGACAGCAAUAACAGGUAGUAUUGUAGACAACUGCAAACCAAUAUUUGCUAGAUAUGGUAUAUUGGAGGUUGGCAUUUUCGAUAAUGGCCCUCAAUUCAAAUCGAAGGAGUUCUGGGAUUUUUCAAAUGUUUUUGGCUUUAUACACCUCAGCAGUAGCCACCAUUAUUCACAAGGAAAUGGGGAAGUUGAACGUGCGGUUCAGACAGUUAAAAACCUUCUAAAAAAGCAAGUGAUCCAUAUAUCGUACUGCUUAAUUAUCGCAGUACUCCACUACAACACGGCAAGAGUCCUGCAUAAUUGUUGA